AUAUCAGUCAGGUUCCUGGUGGAGAAGCUGAGAAUUGUGGGAGUUCCGGUGCAGAUUCUUCUUCUCCUGUCAGCAGCAGGAUGUUUGGCUCAGUGCUGCUCUGCUGCUGCUCCUUCAGUCUGCUCAGGCUCUCCUCGUCUCUGGUUCAUGGAAACAUCCAGCUGGACGACGCUCCAGCCGCCGGCCGCCGCACCGACACCUCCUACCUGUCCGACAUGGAGAGAGGCCACGCCCCUGACCCUGUACAUGACCCCGCCCUCCUGCCCGAAGACUCGGUGGAGGAUCACUUCCUGAUGGACGGAGGCUCCUAUGAUGAGGAUGCGUCGGCAGCGUUGCAGCUGCAGGGUCGGGCCAUGCGUUCGCCGCGUCGCUGCAUCCCUCACCAGCAGUCCUGUCUGGGCUACCCGCUGCCCUGCUGCGACCCCUGUGACACCUGCUACUGCCGCUUCUUCAACGCCAUCUGCUACUGCCGCCGAGUCGGCCACGCCUGCCCGCCACGGCGUACCUGAAGAGUCACCUGACAGCAGAAAGAAGGAUGCUGCUGACAGGAAACAUGUCGAUGAUCUUUAAAUGUGCUCUGCUGAGAAAAAAUACAUGUUUAAAUCCA